AUGAAGUCCUUGAUCGACAGGUUUGAGACGUUCUAUCUAUCGAAACACAGUGGACGGAAGCUCACGUGGUUAUUCAACUACGGCACUGUCGAUAUUCGGAGUAGGGCAGGGCGUAGCCCACAUGUCCUCACCGUGAGUACUUACCAAGCGAUGAUACUCCUCAUGUUCAACUCAUUGGAAUCACUGAGAGUGUUGUUGCGAGAGAGCUCACAGUCAUCUAAGGAGCCCACUUCUGGUGACAUCUUCCGGGUCAAUACUGAGUUCGAGUCCCGUGUCCGAAGCGUUAAGGUACCGCUGAUAGCUCUCGCAAACAAUAAAGAUGGAGCCGCAGAAUCUUCGUCAAGUGGCAACGCGAUCCCUCAAGUCGUAGAGGAGGACCGAAAGCACAUCGUUGAGGCCGUCUUGGUACGUAUUAUGAAGAGCAGGAAGCAGUUGGAUCACAACUUACUUGUCGUCGAGGCAACCGAACAACUCUCGCAGAGGUUUCGGCCAACCCCUCAACUCAUAAAACAGCGCAUCGAGCACUUGAUAGAACGAGAUUUCCUUGAACGCUGUCCCCAUGAUCAUAAGAC